AGACUCAGGUUUAUGAUCAUUAACCAAUGAACUCACCAACAGUAGCAUGCGGAAAACCCGGAUAAGGUUUAGAGAACGCUCUGUUAAAGAGAGCACUAGGUUAAAAUGUGAUUAAGAGAGUAAACUGUGGAGUAUCCGGCCCCUUUUAUUAAUAGAUCGUUCUAAAUCCUCUAGCUACACAUACACAUUCCACAUACCUGCCAUUUUAGGACAUUCAUUAUACGUCCCUCUGAAACAUCUCUCCACGAUGCCAAAAGCAUCAACGGUAUAAACCAAACUAUAUCGAGGAGUCACUAAAAGUGUAAGAGCUUGGCGAUGUUUCGUACAACCGCGACGCCUUCGUCGUCAUCGUCACUUACAAUGUACUCAAAUAAGAGUCUAUAACGCCCUGUUUUCCAUCAUGAAUCUUUUAUUUCCUCAGUAAACACUUGACCAUAAUUAACAUUCAUUUGCACAGCAAUUUCGAAGCUGGUCUUCUUUCUUUUCUUGUUUCAUGUAACCGUCGCUCAUUCCAAAAACUGAACUUGAUAUUUCUCACAAUGCCCUCGUUGAGUAGCACACUUUUGGCUUUAGCCGCCUCGGCGCCGGCAGUCCUAGGCCACGGUCACGUCCGAAGAGUUAUUGUCGACGGUGUGACUUACCCGGGUUACGAGCGGUGGUCAAACGAAGACCAAAGCCAGGCCGUUACAUGGCACUUCACGACCGAGGAUGAAGGUCCGGUUCCAGUAUCAUCCCUUAACACGCCCGAUAUCAUUUGCCACCUUGACGCGACAAAUGCCCAGGCCUCAAUUCCGGUAGCUGCAGGCUCCCAGUUACAGGUCGAACGCUUCAACACGAUAGGCGGAUUCGAGCACCCUGGCCCCGAAAUGCACUACCUCGCACCCUGCGGCGAAGCUGGCUGUGCCAGUGUCGACAAGAACAACCUCCGAUUCUUCAAGUUUUACGAGAACGGUCUCGUUCAGGGAGGUAUGCCUGAUAGCCCCCAGUGGGAAUCUCAGAAGUGGGCUACCACCGAGGUUCACAAGAAUGUCCGGCCGGAGGGAGAGGGCUUCAUUGACACUUUCACCGUCACCAUCCCCCCCAACAUCAGGCCCGGCUCUUACGUUCUUCGACACGAGAUCCUUGGAUUGCACAAGGCCCACCAGGGCGAAGCUGAGUUCUACCCUCAGUGCAUCAACCUCGAGAUUUCGGGCUCUGGUAAUGAGCUGCCGGAGGGUGUGCCCGCUACCGAGAUGUACCACAGUAGCGACCCUGGCGUUGCUCUUGACAUCUGGGUCAACCUUCACUCGUACCACAUCCCCGGGCCGGCAGUCACUAAUCUCUCCGCCAAGCGUCAUGCCCGGGACUUCAGGCAUUAAGUGGUUGAAAUCGGUUAUCUACUUGAUGUAGACUUCCAGCAGGUUUUUCAAACUAUCUUAUGGCCACCUAUUUUAGGCGUACUUGACACUUCUUACGUAAAGUGUGUUUCAAUGUAUAUAUUUGUCCUUUCUUUUCUGCUCCAUGUAGUUAUUCGAGAAAGUUGAUACUUUUUCUCUUUAUGGCAUAUAUAAAAUCAAGAGCGUUAUGGAAAAUUGCGCAACACCUGCCUUCUAUGUUGCCAAUAAAACGAUAUGUUUUAAUCCCAUUGUAGCUUCCUAUGAGACUUUAGAUGGGCUACUGGAUAACGCAUUCAUUGGCCUUUCUCUCGUCUAUGGAACCUUAUACUGUACCUAUGUACCUUAGGUACCUACCUUGUAAACGAUGAAUUAUAGGUUUUCCUGAGACUGCUAGAAACGACUUCUUUGAGCCUUGGUUGAAAUAGGGACCUUGCCAGUGCUCUAUAGUUAGAUCAACAAAGGGUAUUAUUUCAGAUCAACACUGACAUCCUUGUCUCAGAUACUAUUCAUUAUAAUUAAACAAAGAUUUUGCUCUGGAGCAAAUACACACCACGGUCAACUCCGAGAAACAAGGACAAUAUAUAUAGAAC